UCCACCACGCUGCCGGCCCCGACACGGUGGGCCACCCCGGCCUGUGGGGUGCGGGGCACAGCAACAUGCAUGCAUCACCCGGCACGCUGCGGCCUGCUGCGGCUGGUACUUGUGCUCUCUCUCCUCUCUCUGGAUCACUCUCGGUCUUGGGCGUGCAACUUUUCCUUCCCUUCUUAUUCACAUCUUCCACCGUUCACAUCCCUCAUUCUGUCACCAACCACCGCCACCACCAGUACCACACAUCCAUCCUCUUCUCCUCCCUCAGCUCUAGCUCUUCUUCUCUCCUACCUCCAUUACCGCAGCACCUCUAUUGAUCUUCUCUUCGUGUUCUCUCUCCCAGUUAGCUGCACAUCUCUUAGUGUAUCCUCGUUACCUUUACAAUUCACCGACAAGCUAAGAAGAUCAGUUAGCAUAUGGUAUGACCAGGAUUCAGGAUAAUGAAGUAGCUAGCUAUAGAUAGUUUUCAGAGGUGUGUAUCUAGGUUUUGUGUGGCUCGUGAUUUGGAAGAAGACACUACCUUACCGUUCUCAGGUGGCUACUAGCUAGCUAGAGAGGUAGUCAGCUGGUGAUCCAUCGAUCGAUGAUGGCCGGAGCACCGCCGAUGCACAUCUGCAUGGACUCGGACUGGCUCAAGGGCAUCGUCCCCGAGGAGCCCGGGAUGGGGUCGUCGUCGCCAUCGGCGGAGCUGAUCGCGUGCCCGCGGCCGGUGCACGCCGCGGCGGCGGACCGGCGCCUGCGGCCGCAGCACGACCAGCCGCUCAAGUGCCCGCGGUGCGAGUCCACGCACACCAAGUUCUGCUACUACAACAACUACAGCCUCUCGCAGCCGCGCUACUUCUGCAAGACGUGCCGCCGCUACUGGACCAAGGGCGGCUCGCUCCGCAACGUCCCCGUCGGCGGAGGGUGCCGCAAGAACAAGCGCGCCAGCGCCAAGAAGCCCGCCGCGCCGCCGAUGCUGCAGGCGCACGCGCGGCAGGUGGCCGCGGAGACCGGCCUCCACCUGUCCUUCUCGGGCAUGCAGCAGCUGCCGCCCCCGCCCGCCGCGGCGGACCCGCUAUGCAGCCUCGGCCUCCUGGACUGGAAGUACGACCCUAUCCUUGCAGGAUCCGGCGGCGCGGCCGGCGCGCUGGACGGCGCCAGCUCCGAGGCGCACUUCGCGGGGGCAGGCAUGAUGGGCAUCCCCGGCGGCGGCGAGUGCCACGCGCUGAGCGCGCUCCGGUACGCGGCCGGCCUGGGCGAGCACUUGCAGCUGCAGGGGCUGCCGUUCGGGGGGCGCGCCGAGCACGACGCCGUGGAGAUGAAGCCGCCGGCGGCGGAGAGGCUGCUGUCGCUGGACUGGUACGGCGAGGCGAGCCGCGCGCCGGAGAGCGCCAUCAGCUCGCUGGGCGCGCUGGGCCUGUGGAGCGGCAUGAUCGGCGGCGCGCACCAGCACCACGGCUCCUCCGCGGCCAUCUGAACCUGGCAGAAACGUGCCUCCAUGCUGCUUGCGUUGCAUGCAUUAGUGGUUUGCUAAUGGCGUUAACGAGUGACUACGUAGGAGUGCUUGCUUUCAUUUUCUUUUGUUUGUUGGUUUUGCUAUUGUCAUCUUCUGUUUGGUUUCAUCGUUUUGUUUGGACGAUCGAUGCUUGCAGCUCGUCAUUUCAGACGGUGUCUCUGUUGUUGUCCCACUUCAAAGUUCGAACGUUUGCUGUGGUUCAAAGUUUUA